UUGCACGGGUUUUCCACCCUCAUUCUGGACCUAUCGCCGGGAACCUGUAUCUAAUAAUAAAAUCGCCAGAUUUAUGACAGCUUGGCAGACAAACUCCGAGCAUGCUUCGGAGCUCGACAAGGUGCAAACAAUGAAUCACAUUUUUAAAUUAUUGCGAUUCUUUUGCUGUUUGGUGGCGUCUACAAUGUCUGCCCCACUCUGUUAGAUAGGAUCGAAAAAUACUUCGACUCAUUGAACAACUUUUCAAGAUCCUAUUAUUUCCGUUGUGGUGACAUCGUUAUGAUGAUGCCGAUACAGUGCAAGGGGUGGCAUAGUGUUGGCAAUCACGAAGUGCAAACUUGGUUUAUUGCAAUCACUUUCGUCGUGGGAAUGCGUUCUGUGAUUCGAUUGCAGUGUUGUGCCUCUAAGGAAGUGAAGGUUUACCGUCGCACAGCCUGCAGUCAAGGUCUUGGAAAAGUGUCAUCAACCGAAACUACAAUUUGACAUCCACACCUUCCAGUCAAUAUGAGGCUCAAUCACUGAAUGAACAAACUCCAAUGCGAAAUGCCGAGGAUGCCGUUACACUUCCAGUCAUCGAAUCGUACUCGACUCUGUUAUGAUGACCCAAGCAACUGUUUUGUGUGGUGACACAAUUAAAACCAAACACCAGCUAGAAUCAUAAGCCGCUGAAGUGCGUUGCCGUUCACCCACUGCAUUCAGUUCGCGUAAGACGGUCUCGGUAGAUAGUUUAAUUACGUGUGAGUUCGCGGUGUUAAUUGAAAGUUCCUCGUGUGACAGGGUUUACGGCAACAAUAUGAAGAAACAACUGCUGUGGAUACUUUCUGCGCUGAUAGUCGCUGCCGGAGAUAUUGGCGAACGAGUGGAUGAGGGUGAUGUUACCAAUUUUGACACAUUUUUGGGCGCGUACCAGAAGAAAUACAAAGCCAAAUACCGAAUGGACCGAAGAAAGAGGGCUUUCAAGAAGAAUAUGCAGGAAAUUGAAGAGCACAAUGCUAAUUACGAGCAAGGCAAAAGCACAUUCCAGAUGGGGGUCAACGAACUGGCUGAUAUGGACAAAAGCAGCUACCUGAAGAAGAUGGUCCGAAUGACGGACGCGAUCGACCACCGGAAAUUGGACGUGGACUUCAACGACGAAAUGCUACAAGCCACGAAUGCCUUCGGCGAAGAAUUUGUGCAAGCCACACAGAACAGCAUGCCGGACAGUUUGGAUUGGCGCGAUAAAGGAUUCACCACGAUGGCCGUCAACCAGAAGACGUGUGGUUCCUGCUAUGCUUUCAGCAUUGGACAUGCCCUCAAUGGACAGAUUAUGCGCCGUAUUGGUCGGGUUGAGUAUGUCAGUACCCAGCAGAUGGUCGAUUGUUCGACCAGUGCCGGCAAUAAGGGAUGUGCUGGAGGAUCUCUAAGGUUUACGAUGCAGUACUUGCAGAAUAGCCAGGGUAUCAUGAGGAGUUCAGAUUAUCCGUACACUUCGUCGGUAAGUAUCAUUUUCAGGGUGUUGUUGGUUUUCCUUUCUCAUUUCCUGCAGGCCAGAGCAGUAAGCAGUCGGAGUAUUUCCAAGAAGAGGUAAUCACUUCCGCAAACUUUAAUCGACAAAACAAAUUCCCAACACGGCGUGCAGGGACGAGUUGGACAGAAAGCUUGUAAGCAACAAUUGGCAUCAUGCAAGGCACCAGCAACAAAGUUGGUGACUAGUUUAGUGUGUAGAUCACACCCAAUCAAGCAGUUCUCGGUUUCCGACUCGGUUCAAGAAUGGGCCGUGUUGGACGUCGUCAGUGGUGUUUCCCCAAAGGAGCAACUUUGUCGUGUGACGGCGAGUCAUACAGUUUCGUUGAAGAAUGCUGAAUGAUGGUGGAAAAUUUGUUUCUUUUUUUUCGGGUGCUUUGGAAGUCGGCACGGAACGAGGAGAAGUUCGUGUUAAAGAGUUGUUAAAAUAUCUGCCCUUUUAAGUCAUAGUUUGAGGAGCAACAUGGUUAGUAUGAGUUGACUACUGUUGAAAUAAACUGGGUCGACGCGUGAUUUGAUGUACUCUUUCUUUUUUAUAGUCAAGCAGCUGGUGUUAAUGUGAGCAAAUAAACUUAAAUUGACCUUCGUGUAA